CUGUCAAAGGCAAAUGUUUCUAGGGUGUGUAUCGUCCGGAUUUCUACUUAUUAAAAAUAUUCAGAAAAAUAGUUACAAAGAAAUUUUCACCGAGGAGUUGCAGCUUUUCAAGAAAACCUAACCAACCUCCACAAGAUCCAAAUUAUUCACCAACAUUAAACCUUAGAAAAAUUUAGUUAAAUCUCACAUAAAGAAAGUCCUAUUAUCACUCCAUGCGAUAAUAUAUUGUACAUCCACAAAUACUUUUUGCAUUUGCAAAUCACACAUACCACAAAACAAAAUUACUAAAUUCUUUAUCAACGGAAUAUAUUGUGCAAAUUUACAACCAUAGGCCUAUCCGAGACCGCCGUUAUGGACGUAAUGUCAUCCUCGCUACAACAACAACGCAUAGUCGUCGAGCAGUUGCGUCGCGAAGCGGCCAUUGCGCGUCAACCGGUCACCGAGUCAUGUGCUCAAAUGAUUAAAUACAUCACAGAGCAUGAGCAGGAGGACUACCUUUUGACUGGUUUCUCCAGUCAGAAGGUUAAUCCGUUCCGUGAGAAGUCAUCUUGUACUACACUAUAAAUUAUUUCCAACAACAAUCAGUAUGCAAACCAAAAAAUUAAUUGGUCAUUGCCAAUAUGGAAGUGGAGGGAGGAAUACAACAGGAAAGGUGAUGAUUUGAAGAGAUGCAGCGAACAACUACUGACGAGAAACGGGCAAAUUUGGAUUUGAAUUCUUGAAAAUAAAUAAGUCACUGACUGUAUCGACAGUAAAGAACGUGUGAGAGACUGAAGGAAUGAUAACAAACUUCAAUGGGAAAGCAGCUAGCUGGUAUAUGCUGUUAUGCUGUAAGAACAAAUGAGUCGUUUGGAGAAAUGGUGAACGCAUACAAUUUGAAAUUCUAUAAUAUCUCAAGUACUAUUGGACAAUUAAGUACACAUAUUACACGAAAGUAAAUUUGACAUAAUUAAAGAAAUUAAAUACAUAUAUUAUAUCUACUUACAUAUAUACACGCGGUUCUGAAUAUGCACGUUAGCAUGUGAUGAUUAUUAUAUACUUAUCCAAUCGUCAUAUAGAACACAACCGAUACAUAUUAUAUACAGACAUAUAUUUAUGUACUAUUUAUUAAUCGAAAUUUUGAAUAUGGUGAUAUAAAAGAAGUGUGGCAGAAAAAAAUUUAUAGACUACCAAGUUGAAGACCACCAACAAAACAAAACCACCACAAUAGAUCACACAGAAAUACCACUUAUUGAACACAUUAUCUCCCGAAAAACCGCCCAGAGGACUCAUAUAAUUACAUACACACUCAUGCAUUUACACGGUACAGACUUAUACAACAACUAGUGCCAUUAGUGCACAUUUGCAAAAGUUAAUUUCUAUUCCGGUGUAAACUAGUUUAUAAUUACACAUAUAACUAUUCCUAUAUACUCUAUACUGAACCAAAAUAUUACAAAUAAAAUAUAUCUUCAUAUUGGCAACAAAAUAAGUAACAGCAAUUAUUAUUAUUUAUUUAUUUUUUAUUUUUUAAAACAUUUUCAUUAUAUUAUCGUUGACGAUCAACCAACUACUUUAAUAAGAUCUUAAAAACGAAAAAAAAAAUGGUAAGAAGUUUGUUGCAAUCGGCUUUUUUUCCUAUUCAUGCAGUAAUAGAAAGUGUGAGUAGGUGUAGGAGUUCGUGUAGAACAUUGAGUGAGAUGAAGGAUACUCAUAGAAUGGUCGAAAUACAAAGAAAAUAUUUUAUUACUACUUAACUUAAAAAGCAAAAAUAAAUAAAAUUACACUCAAACCAUGGUGGCACUUAGCAACAAUGGGAAAGUUAAACGAGAUGGAUAAUAUGUGAACAACACAAAAGGAAAUGUUUAAUUAAUAUUAACAGCGCCUCAUAUAAUUGCGCAUUGAUAACCAAAGCAAUUUAUUAUCUAGAAAAACUAACACACAACUUAAAAUACUCAAUGAAAACAUGCAUGUACAUUUAUGCAGCGAACGAGCAGUUUAGGAAAGGAAUAGCAAGCAGAUUAAAACUGUAGAUCACAUAAAGUGUGCAACUGCAUACCGUGCACGCAAUAAUAGAUAACCGUUAAAGCAUACAAAUGCUAUACUUAUUACAUAUAUGAAAUGCUUAAAUAAAAUUAGAACAUUAGAAGGCAUUUAAUUGCAUUAUUAUUCAAAAAUUUAAAUAUCUUAACCGUUAGCAAAUACUUUAUUCAAACUUAUCUAAAAUUAAGUACAUAUAUUUAUCAAAAGUAACUUUAUCUUUAUCAAGUAACUUAUUCAAAUUAAGAAAAAAGAACCAUUACAAGCAAAACAAUGUUAAGUAAAAUGUGAACGACAACAACACAUAUAUGACUAAUUUGAAGAGGAUUUCCGGUGCAUAAUUUUAGGCGACAUUGGCAAUAGGCUUGAGUUGGAGGUCAAAGGCAUACAUAUAUAUGAAGGUGGGUAUUAUAGGCAUCAAAAAUAAGCAAGCAUGCAUAUUUUCCAAACAAUUGUCAGUGCAACGUGAUUUGCGUAAAACAAACCAAGGCGCAAAAAUAUAUCUAUGCCCAACAUUAAUCAAACACCUCAAUUCAGUGCAUAUUCUUUGAUUUAGUUUAUUCAAUUUUUUAUUCCUGCCCGCCUUAUUUGCGUCUAGUGCUUCGAGAAAUAAUGAACACAUCCGUUGAAUUGAUAUAUAUUUUAUGUAAUAAGCGCUCGAAUAAAUAGUUGAUAAAAAAAACGUAAGAUUGUGAUAAGUUUUACUGCAAGUAACAUUAAGUUAACAGUCCAAUAUCAGUGCAUACACGCAUGUAUGUAUGUACGUAAGUAUAUGUAUAUUUUUAUAAGGCUAUGUGUUGUAAAUUUGUUAGUUUGUGUAUGUGUAUAGAGCUCCUCUUAAAUUGUUGCCAAACUCUUGAACAUUUCUUCCAUACUAAACUCUACUAUUCCAAAACAAUCGAAAAACGAGAUUAUUAUGAAAAAAAAAAAAUAAAAUCGCCAAUUUCUUGUCCUCAAUGAGUUUUACUCACUUCCGCUUGAUAGGUAUGUAGAUGUGCGCGGUUAUACUAAUCGAUCUACACUUGGUGAUCGAUAACGAUAAAUGUUAUAAGCUAAAGAUUUUUUCGACAGCAACGAAGAGGGUAAGAUUAAUAAGACCCUUAAUUAAAAAUUAGAGUGCACAAUAACAAAUGUUACUAAUUAUUCUCAUUAGAACGUUUUGAAUAUAUUUUUUUUCUCUGAUUUUUAGUUACGUAUGUAUGUGUAAGUGCUAUGUAAUUUUCUUUGUAUAUUUUCAUAGAAAUCAACUAUGCUUCCAUUUAUUUUAAAGUUCUGAGUAAUGCAAUGCCACAACUCCAAAAACAAAAACAAAAAAAUCAUCAAAAAAAAAAAAAGAAAUGAAAAGAAUUUGGUAAAGUAUGUUAGGCGACAAAUGUCAAACUGCAGUGACAUUUGUUGCAAUGGAGUGUAAAUGUUAGGAAAUCCUUUUAAAUGUCAUUGUUGUCGUUCCGUUUAUUAAAAACUUAAAUAUACAUGCAUAUAAAUAUAUAUAAUUAAAACUAAAAAAAUAUAUAAAGUAUUAUAUAAGUAUAUAAGUAACGAGCAACAUUAUAAAAUAUUAUUUUGAAGAGUACCAACCGAUUAUUAAAAAAAUAAAAAAUAAAUAUAUAUAUAUAUAUUAUGAAGCCAAAUAUCAAUUUAUGGCCUUAAAUGUAAUGCGUUACAACAAGGUGAUAAAUGUAUCGAAUAUCACUUGUUCGAAAACUUAUAUAAAAAAUCGAAUAUAGAAACUAUUUAUAUAAUAAAAGAUGAUGAAUAUAAAAAAUAAUAUUAAAAGUACCACCAAAAAACAUAUUUAAAAUUAAAAUAUUUAUUUAAAUUUGAAAUGCGAUGUAGUGCAAAUUACGCGCUACAUUAAAAAAAAAACAAAUAAAAUAAAAUAAUAAUAAUAAACGACGUUACUCAAUGCAAAUUUAUAAUACAAACUUAUGGAUGUAUAAUCAAAUGUAUGGUUACUUAAUUUACAUUUCAAACUCUUAAGGAGAUUGCAUGAAAUUUUUCUUCAAAAUGUUUUUUUCCGGAAAGACAAAUAUCAAAUAUACAAAUUAUUAAUGCAAUAUUUAUUCGAACAAAUUAAAUACAUUUUCUUGUAAUUGCUUAAUAUUGAAUCGUUGAAAAUGAUGGAAUUCGUAACAUAACUAAAUGAAUUUCCAAUAGCAACAGAAAUAACACCACAUUCACCAAAAUACCAAUGAAUAACCGUUUGCUUGGAUUCAAAUAAAAUUUAGAUGUGUUACCUAGUGGAACUCAG